AGACAAGUACUUGUGCUUAUCAAGAUUGAGAUAAAUCAACAAAAUGAGCUUGUGAUGUUUACAUUUGAAUUCUGGGAAUUCAUUCAGAGUUCUGAGCUUACUUUACCUGUGUCGAUCUAUUAAUAUUUAAAAGUGAUAAUGUUCCUAGUCGAUUAUUUUGAACUUACUAACCCUCUAAUAAGUAUCAUCACUGGACUUUCAUUUUUCGUAAUUUUCAAUUAUUUGGUAUCACAAGUUAAUCGUUUAGUAAGAUUACCCAACGGACCCUGGGGCUAUCCCAUUGUUGGUUACUUACCUUUCAUCAAAGAUGAUAUUUAUCUGGUAUUUGAUAGACUGGCCAAGAAAUAUGGACCCGUUUUCAGUCUGAAAUUAGGUAAACAUGACACUGUAGUUAUUUGUGACUGGGAACAUCUUAAGGUCGCUUUCGCUGACGAGGCCUUAUUGGCUCGACCUCAUGAGAAUUUCUAUGCUGGAUUAAUCGAUGAGAGUUCGUUUAUCGAAAUGUCUGGUGACCCUUGGCGUGAACAUCGACGACUUUCAAUACAAAUUCUUCGUGAUGUCGGUUUUGGUAAAAGUACAAUGGAAACUUUGAUCACCAGAGAAAUCGAUCAAUUCUUACCAACAAUUGAAGGAGAAAAAAUCGAUUUUACAAAAAAGAUAACACCAAGUGUAUCGAAUAUAAUUUCGUGCUUUUUAUUUGGUCAAAACUUCGAGUAUUCUGACCCAUAUAAGAUUGAAUUGGAUGAACAAAUGGAAAAAUUGGGCCAAGUCUUUGAGUUUACUGGAAUUCAAGCAUUCUUACCAUGGCUGACCAGGAUUCUUUCUUAUUUUAAAGUCGCAAAUUUGGAGCAAAUCAAACGAGCAAUAAAUGAUUCUGAUAAUUUAGUCCAGGAAAAAAUUGACGAACGCAUGAAAAGCUAUUCACCAUCAACUGAAAUCGUUGAUUAUAUCGAUGGGUAUCUACAAGAAAAAGAGAAACGCAAAGCGAAAGGUGAUCAUAUCUUCAAUUUCAAGAUUCUGAAAAGAAAUGUAACUGAAUUCUUUGGUGCUGGUUCGGAAACUGUCGCUACUACUUUAUCAUGGACCAUGAAUUAUCUUGUCCACUUCCCAGAAUAUCAGGAAAAAAUUCGUUCCGAGAUAAGUGAGAUCACUGGUUAUGAUCGAAAACCCAAUUAUACCGAUCGAAAUCAAAUGCCUUUCACUAUGGCUUUUCUCUACGAAACUCAACGAAUUGGAUCUGUUAUUGCAUCCAAUUUACUUCGCCGUGCAUCUCGCGAUACGAAAAUUGGCCAAUAUACUAUACCGAAAGAUACAUUGGUUAUAUUCAACUUAUGGAGUAUCCACCGGGAAGAAAAACUUUGGCCUGACCCAGAGAGAUUCGACCCGAAUCGCUUCUUAACCGACAAUGGAACCAAGGCAUUCAAGCCUCCCUAUUUGGUACCAUUCGGUGCUGGCAAACGAAAUUGUUUAGGUGAAGGCUUAGCUAAUGUGGAACUGUUUUUGUACAUUGUUAGUAUAUUACAAAGAUAUCGAAUCAAGUCCGAGAAAAUAGAUCAUAAUCUCUGUUCAGAGUCGAUCUAUGCUGCAGCAAGAAGACCAAAAUGUUUGCCACCAUUGACAUUUGAAAGACUUUGAUAAUAAUGAAAGUUUAAAUUGAUAGACAAGACACAAUCAAAUUCAAAUUAAAAAUAAACCUUCAAUUUUUAUUUUCUUUCACAA